AUGUCGUCGAUGCGCAAUGCCGUCCAACGACGGAAUCACAAGGAGCGAGGCCAGCUCCAAGGCCGUGAAAAAUGGGGUAUUCUUGAAAAGCACAAGGACUACUCCCUCCGAGCAAAAGACUACAACCAGAAGAAGGCCAAGCUCAAGCGUCUGGAGGAAAAGGUCCGCGACCGGAACCCCGAUGAAUUCGCCUUCGGGAUGAUGUCUUCGCACACGCAGAAGGCGGGCAAGCACGGUACGGCGGCGCGCGAUUCGGCGGCGGGACUCAGUCACGAUGCGAUCAAGUUGCUGAAGACGCAGGAUGCGGGGUACUUGCGGACGACGGGGGAGCGGAUUCGGCGGCAGAUGGAUAAGCUGGAGCAGGAGAUUCAGUUGCAGGAUGGGAUGGUGCAGAGUUUGGUGGGGAAGAAGGCGAAGAAGAAGAAGGCGCCCGUGCGGGAUGAGGAUGAUGAUGGGUUUGAUUUUGAUUUCGAUGACGAGUCCGAGGAGGAGGAGGAGGAGGCCGGGCCGAAGAAGACGGUCUUUGCGGAUGAUAAGCUGGAGCAGAGAGCUUUGAAGAUGAAGCGGGUGCAAGCGGAGAGGGGUGAUGAGAGGGAAGAGUCGUUUGGAGAUCUUCAGCGGAAAAAGACGGCGAGGGAGCUGGAGGCGGAUCGUCUGGCUCUUCAGGAGGCUCGUCGCGCUCGGAAGCUCAAGCAGCGUGCUCAUGCGGCGAGGCAGAACAAGCUGGCGGCGCUUCAGAAGCAGUACAACGAUAUCACAGCUGCGGAGCGCCAGUUGGAUUGGCAGCGUGGAAGGAUGGACAACUCCGUCGGAGGGACGAACAAAAAUGGGAUCAAGUGGAAGAUCCGUGAGCGCAAGAAGUGA